UGAAGAGAAAACACACGGCGCGACAUUCCAGUUUUUUCAUGACAGUAGGAGCUUCAGAUAUUACACAUCAAUAAUUAUUUGGCUAUGACAAUGGCUGUUAAUACACUUUCAGUUAGCACAUAAAUGUAUGCUGCAUUGUAUUAUGAAAAAAGUGAGUUGUAUAUUAAUGUAUAUUGGCUAACAGCUGUCUCUUAUUCAUUUGCCAAUGGUUGUUUAAAAUAUAAAUAUAUUUCUGCUAAUUUACUGGACGGUUGAAGCACUUUGAACAUGACGUCACUAUCUGGCCGUUAGCCGCUAUGCUCAAUGGCUGCAGCUACACUAGUAAAGGGAAAGUUCGCUAAAAACAGGAUUGAAUUAAUUUAUGAUAGUACAGUCAGACAGUCUGAGUGUGCUACGUCAGUCUAAUUAAAACUUAAAAGCUCUAUAUAAGUGGAGCAAAAUUAUUCUUAAAAACUUAAAGUGAAAUGCUCCUUUAAGUAGAAAAAGAUGGAGCCCCUUAGUCCAAAUACUGAGGUUCGCCUGGCAGUGUCUCAGUGUUUUCACAUCCUCAGUUCAUCCACCGAUAUCAAAGACAUCAUCACCGCUCUUCAGACUCUUCACUGUUACCUGGAUGAUGGACCUGAGAGUAAAGCCACAUCAGUCCAGCGUACAGAGUUCAGGAGAGCUCACUUCACUCGCACCCUUCAGUUUCUUGUCAGUCACAUCCAGGCUGACUGGUUUCACAGCCUCACAACAGCACAGCGCACAGAAUUAUGGGACGGAUUCUUCCUCCAAGGCCCUCCUGAGCAGGCGCUUCUGGUGCUGAUGGAUGGGAUAGGAGAGCUAAGUGCCAGUGCAAGCCUUGACCACAUGGUCAGCAUCACAGAGAGGUUCCUUCAGAGCAGCCGCCUCGCAGACCUGCUGUGGUCCUACUGUCUUCACACGGCUCCCUCUGACUCCCCCCAGCUUAGAGAGACUCUGCUAGGACGUGUUGUCUCUCUGCCGGAUGUCACUGCCAACAAGUUACACCUGAACAACAAGGCGCUUUUUCUCCCUCAGCAGUAUUACCCACUGCUGGCUGCAGAGAUUCUCUCUGCUCUGGAGAAGACAUGCCAAGCACUUAAAGAUGGCACAGACUGCUCCCUGACAUUUGUGGCUCAGACACUUGGAAAACUUUGCAUCCAGGGUCACAGUGCCCUGGUGCUGGCUGUGAUGGCUCCUCGGCUCUCUGCCUGCACCCGCUCAGACAUGGUGUGGCAGCGAGUUUGUUGGAAGCUGUUUGAGAACGUCCCGCAGAGAUGGGUGGAGAGUGUGCUCACAGGUCUUGUGCAGGUUGUCAGCGGGCCUAAAGCUUUGGGCAGGAUCAUUGGUAAUCUAGUGCUAACAAACAAAAAAGCCCAGUUUGUCAUCACUCAUAAACUGCUGUUACUGCAGUACAAAUAUGAGACUCGAGUCUUGAGGAUUAUUCUCGGUUACCUCGCAGCAGAUAAAGAUCGACGCCCUCUGCUCAUCCAGGUGUUACGGUCUGUGUGUCAGGCCUGGGCUAACCCCAGUGCAGUGAAACACACACCUUUAGAGCAGCAGCUGUACGUGAGCAAGGCUUUACUGCUGAGCGUGACUCUACUGAACGACACUGAGCUACACAAUCUGCGAUCAGACUUGCUGCAGUGUCUGCUGGGCGGCAUGCAGAGUCACCUGGACAGCAGUGUGGUGCGGAUCAGGCAUAUUGGCAUGGUGGUGGGAGAGUGCUUGAGCUCUCGCUUGGACAUGAACGGAGCAGAGCUCAAAUUUGAGUACGAUCAGGAUGAAGAAACACAGGAGCUUCUCUCUCUAAUGACUCCUGUUACUGAUGAUGAAUCAGAGGCUGAGCCUGUAAACAGAGUUGACUCUCCACAAGAGACCAAAGAGGAAUCACCUCGCUCUGCUCAGAAUCAAGCUCCAAAAACUGACUCAGAGUCUGACCUGGACAGUGAUGAUGAGCUAACUCCUUAUGACAUGUCUGCUGAUCAGGAGCUAAGUAAAGCAUCUCCACCACGCUACCUGCGAGACUGUCUGGAAACUUUAAUUUCCUCUGAUGAUCCGAUGCGUGUGGAGCUGAGUUUGAGAGCUGCUGAGGGUUUGGUGAGAAAGAACGCAUUUGCAGCCAGAGAGAUCAGUGUGCAGCUGACCAAAGUGCUUCUUCACAUGGAGGAUAAGUACAGCAUUCUUGGCUUCAUGAGUCUCAGACAGGCGACCAUGGUGGCGCUCACAGUCAUUGACACUAUCCCUGUGACUCAGUAUCUGACCACAGAGUUUUACUCCUUGAACUACAGUCUUCGCCAGCGACUUGACAUCUUGGAGGUUCUUGCUCUGGCAGCUCAAGAGCUCUCUAAACCGGUCACAGAAAUAAGUGAUACAUCUUUAAGCAUUGCUGCCAGCACUGAUUUGACUCCAUACCCCGGUGACAAUCCCGUUCACUGGCGAGAAGAAGUAGAGAAACGGAUUCAAAGCAAGACGAGGCGCAUCAGUAAGGGUGCGACAAAGCCUCCAGCCAAAGCUACCCUGAACCGUUAUGCCCCAGUCGCUGGACACUUCUUUUUUCCUCUGCUCAGGAAUUUUGACAAACCUCAGGUGACGUUUGACCUGUUGGGCAGUGACCAGCUGGUGCUAGGGCGGUUGAUCCGUACACUGGGCCUCUUUAUGCAUCUGGCAGCCAACUCAACGAUAGCAGCACAGAUGGGUCGAGCGUUGCUGGACUUUGUGUGGGCUGUGCGCUAUCAUGUUGACCAGGUGGUGAGACGAGGUGUCCUCUUCGCUGUCUGCUCUGUUUUUCUGAGCGUGAACUCUCAGAACCUGCUGGUAGACCUCGGUGAUCAGCUGUUUGAGACAAGAACUUGGCUGGCAGAUGUAGCUGAAGGAGACCCUGAUGGAGAUUGCCGGAGUCUGGCGGUGCAGAGUUUGGUUCUGAUGGACAAAUGCCUGAAAAAACAGAUGCAAAAUCCACAAGCACUGAGCCUAGAAUCCUGAAGUACUGUAUUUGUUCAACAAAAAUCCCCCCAGAGCCUCAAGAGAGAUGGAUGAAUGUAGUUUUAUAUAUACAUUGGACUCUCGGGAGUUUGUUUCAUUUGCUGAAACAAUCAAUCAGCCACCUUCUUCCUCUACCCCUCUACCCACUGAACAGUUUUACUAAGAUGAAGUGUAUCAUGUAUGGACCUGAUGAAAUAUUGAUUGAUUUGAAGAUUAGGAUACUGUUUGUUACUACCAAUAAAUUGUACUUUAUAAGGAUAUCCUUUUCCUGUACUGGCACAUCUCUCGGUGCUGUGCUUGUUUGUUUGUUGAGGACAUCCUGUGAAUAUUCACGUACAUUCAUCCAGUUAGAAAUAAUGCAUGUUCUACUACUUCCUCUCUUGACAUUAUGUUCAUUUGUUCACAAACAUUUUGUUGUACACAGUGGUUUGAAGUUUAAUUUACAGCAACCUCAUUUUAGCAAUUUUGGAAUACUUGGAGGAAAAAUCUGCACUGAUAAAAGAUAUUUUGUAAACUG